AUUUUUUGAAACGACGCAACUGUCAUUUGCUUGUGUCACUUGAAAUUUGCAAAAUAAUAACAGCUUUUAGCGGCUUUCGGCGGAAGCUGGUGUAAAACAACGAAAAGUUUAGUUAAAAACGAUACUGUCGCGAUAAAUAAUACAUGGAACUGGGUCCGAACAAUGCCGCAAACGGACACUAACGCUUCUGCAAGUACGCUGGCGACGGUAUCGUUCACAUCAGACACGCUGAAACACCCAACCGAGCGACAGCAAAGCGGCACAAACAUAACAAUUGACAAAGAAGCUUCCGAAGAUGCUUCACCGCGAGGUUUCCGAUCGACAAGAAGUUUUCAACCAAAGCGAGUGUCGGAGCUGCCUCCGCUAGAAUCUGAUUCCGAUUCCGACGGCGAUGGCAACCUCAACUGUGCGAUCCUGAACGAUUCGUUUCUACUGACGCCGUCAAAAUGCAUCGAGGAGGAGGACAGUGUAGAUAAAAAGAUUCCAUCCAAAGCCACAAUCAGAAGUGUAACCGAUGCCGUACCGAGGUCACGCAUAAAGCUCGAAGACAAGCUCCCCACGAAGAAUGGUGCGCCGGACGUUGAUUCCAAAACGGUGAAGCGAGCGCCAUUGGUAGAGCGAUCCCAAUUCGAGUUGAAGCCGUGCAACGAUUCUUCUCCCACCAAAUCGACACGAAGUCAGGAUUCCGGGUAUGGAGCAAGUGCAACCAUCGAUACUGUUGGCGAGCUGCCAGGUACCGUUGUUCGCCGGUCUGACAAACCACUUCCAAAUGGAGCUCAAAGCCCACCGCAACCCGAUUCGGCCCCGGAAAAGAUGGAAGUGGAAAGGAACCGCCAUCAGUUCGUCACCCCACGGGACAAAUUCCUGGGUGGACCGCUUCGAGAAACGGGCUCCAAGAUGUUCACCUCCACGACGGUGCGCAAGUCGCGGAAUACAAUCGAAAAUGAGUUCAAAUCGCAGAAGGUACUGUUUGCCACGCCAGUCGUGAUGCCCCGACCGCCGGUAAACUUUCUUCCCGAUGAUAGCUUGAACUACUCGGUCAUAACUCCCGAUGCGGCGAAAAGUUCGAAGCAUUUGUCACCCAUUAAGGAGCAGCCAAAAAUUGCCAAACGAUCGACGGAUCAACUGUUUGGCGCGUUGGACACGGCUGACAAGGUGUCUCCACCGGUUGUUGCACCGACGACAAAGGUGGAGAAAGGUGGCGAUUCAACCGAUACGUCUCAGCAACAGCAGCCCAAGGAACGGCCAAUCGUCAUCAACGGGAAGGAAUACGUGGUGCUGAAGAAAAUUGGUUCCGGAGGGUCAAGUUCGGUCUUCCUUGCUAAACAGGUUGCCACCGGGUUGGAGUGUGCGGUUAAGCUCGUCAAUUUGAACGGAGACGCAAACCUGGUCGAAGGAUACCUGAACGAAACCAAAAUGCUUGCAAAACUGCAAACAAACGAGAACGUGAUCGCUUUAUACGAUUACGCACACAUUCCGGAAGCUAGCCAACUGUUUCUGGUGAUGGAAAAGGGUGAGAGUGACUUGCACCGGAUCCUGCAAGGUUACACCUCGGACAUUCCGCUUCACACGCUCAUGAGCAUUUGGUAUCAGAUGGUCCAGUGCGUCCACUACAUACACGGGGAAGGUGUCAUCCAUCUCGAUCUGAAGCCGGCCAACUUUCUCAUGAUCAAUGGUCGCCUGAAGCUGAUUGACUUCGGUAUCGCGAGCAGCAUUUCGUUCGAUUCGACCAGUAUUAUGAAAUUUUCCCAAGCCGGCACAUUCAACUACAUCAGCCCGGAAGCGCUGAUCGACACGUCGAGCGAAAUGAGUCCGGCCGGUGCGCAGCCGCGCAUUAAAAUGUCGAAAAAAUCUGACAUCUGGUCGCUGGGCUGCAUACUCUACCUGCUGCUCUACAAACGGACACCCUUUGCGCACAUCAAAAAUGUCGUAACGAAGGUGAACGUCAUCACCAAUCCGAGGACGGUAAUCGAAUAUCCUCCGCUGGCCGCCUACUACCCACCGAUGCUGCUGGACAUUUUGAAACGAUGCCUCCGGUACGAUGCAAAGUCGCGUGCUUCCACGGCGGAACUGUUAGAGUAUCCGUACCACAUGGUGAUUCCGUUGGGCAAAUAGGCGGCGCACCGAACGUUUACGUAUUUUUGUAUUUUGUAUUAUAUUUAUGUUGUUACUCACUCGAUACUAUGGCAAGCUUUGUUUUGCAAAAGCCCACUAACAGAGAACUAUACCUGAAGACCGUAAAAUGCAUAUUAUAUUGAAAACAAUACGACGAAAUAAAUGAAUUCGCAAACACAUGGACUAAUAACGCAAUGACAAAAGGAA